AUGACAACAAGCGUCACACAACUUCUUGUUAUCCCUAACGAUGCCCUCACACUCGUGGGCAAAGUCGUGGGCGCAGACGCGACAGCCACAACAUACGUCCUCGAAUGCCGCAAAGACGACGACGAAUGCGGCAGAAUGAGAGAGACCAUAACUCUUGGUCCAUGGGCAGAGAAAGCUCUAGCCACAGGCGUCGCCAAGACGGGAGAUCUCGACAUCUGGAUCAGCGACAAGCUGGAAGACGGAACACCCUGGACGCUUUCGCAACAUUGCGAGAUGAGCCGAUCUGUAGCCCAAAAAUGCACAGUCUCACAAGGACCUGUGAAGGACAGCAAGGAAUACAAGACGGAGGACUUUCCUCCUCGGACAUACACUGAUGCUUCCGAUCUUCACCAGAUAUAUGGCCCGACGUACGCGUACGCUCAAGUCACCUUGACUGCUGGUUUAGAGAAGCUUGCUUCUGCUACUGCAACUGGUAGUUCGGCUAAAGAGACAGAGUCGACAGCUAGUCAGAGUGGGACUUCCACAGCUACUGCUGAUGCCCCUGGUGAGGCCAAUGGUACAGGAAGGAGUCUUUUGAGCCCUCUGGCUGCAGCAUGUGCCGGAGCAUUGGCUGUUAUGGCGCUUUGGGGUUGA